AUGAAGAAUACGGGAGUUCCUGGGAAAAUUCUGUGCAUCCUGAUGCUGAUACUGCACAGGAGUAGUCAACAAGUGUUUAAUGAUGAGAAAACACUCAUUCUCCCUAAAAAUUAUCAAAUUGGCUGGAUGGCAAAUUUGAAUGAUGAAAAGUUAGUUACUGAGCUCACUAUUCCUGGUACACAUGACUCCUUGGCUCUUCAUGGAGGACCGGCAGCAGAAUGUCAGGCAUGGUCACUAGAGGACCAGCUAAAUGCCGGGAUACGCUACUUCGACUUGAGAGUGUCUGGGGACAAUCUGAAAGUUGUGCAUGGACCGAUUUCCCAACAUAUAACAUUCGACCAAGUUUUAAACGGAAUAAAUAAUUUUUUAUCUUUACACCCAACUGAGACAGUGCUGGUUAGAGUUAAGCAUAAUAAAGUAUUUCCAAAUCAUGUUAUAACCAAACUUGAACAGAAUACUAAUAGUUGGGUUAAAAACACAAUACCAAAAAUUAAAGAAGUAAGAGGGAAAAUUGUUUUCGUUCAGAAAAAGACCUUUACACUAGGUCUUCCUUUAUAUGAAACUGAUAAAAAGGGUGACUAUAAAGUUAAAAAUAUUGAAAAAAAGGAAGAAACAAUUUUUGCCCAUCUGAAUGAGGCUUUAGAAAAGUGUAAACAUGAGACUGCUGUUUUGAACUAUUCAAGCGGCACAGGCUGGCCUUUAUUGAAGCUAGACAAAACCCCUAAAAAUGUGGCAAAGAAAAUCAACCCGUGGCUAUAUAACUAUCUUAUUGGUGCUUUUGAAAAGAAUUUGAAGAGUUGUUUUGGGAUUAUAGCCAUGGAUUUCCCAGGCUUUGAUUUGAUACAAAUGGUCAUCAAUUUUAAUAAGUAGGUAUUUAAGUCUGUCAGUUUUACAUUUAGGCCUACAUUUUGUACUUUAGCAUACAAUAGUGGGACAGCCUAUUCUGUGGGACAAUAGUUGGACAGCCUAUUCUGUUGUCAAAGACAAAGCAUUUUAAU